AUGAACGUGCAGCUGGCGAUGGAGCACCUGGGCGAGCUGCACGGGCUGAACCAUGAGCCGGGGGGGCCCGCCGCCGCCGCCGCCGCCGCCGACCUGAUGAACGGCAGCCCCCACCCGCGAAGCGCGCUGGCCCAUCGCGGUGGCGGCGGCGGCGGCGGGCGCUCCAUGGGCAUGGCGGCCCUCCUGGAAGGCGGCGGCGGCGGCGGCGGCGGCUACCACCCGCACCGGGGCGCGGCGGAGCACCCGCUGGCCGGCCCGCUGCACCCCAGCAUGACCAUGGCGUGCGAGACCCCGCCGGGCAUGGGCAUGAGCGGCACCUACACCACCCUCACCCCGCUGCAGCCGCUGCCGCCCAUCUCCACGGUGUCGGACAAGUUCCCCCAUCACCAUCACCACCACCACCACCCGCACCCACACCCGCACCCGCACCCGCACCACCCCUCGCACCCGCACCAGCGGCUGGCGGGCGGCGUCAGCGGCAGCUUCACCCUUCUGCGCGGCGGCGGCGGCGGCGGCGACGAUCGGGGCUUGGCCGCCUCCGUGAGCAACCUGUACGCGCCCUACCACAAGGACGUGGCCGCCGCCGCCGCCGCCGGGCUCGGGCCGAGCCUCUCGCCGCUGGCCGGGCUGCACGGCGCCCAGCAAGGGCUCCCGCACUACGCGCACCACCCCGGCGGCCCCGAGAAGAUGCUGACGCCCGGCGGCUUCGAAGCCCCCCACCCGGCCAUGCUGGGCCGGCACGGCGAGCAGCACCACCUGGCGCCUCCCUCGGCCGGCCUGGGGCCUCUGCACGGGAUCGCCCACCCGCACGCCCACCUCGGCGCCCAGGGCCACGGGCAGAUCCUGGGCGCCGCCACGCGGGAACCCAACCCGGCCGCCGCCGCCCCGCAGGUGAACGGCGGCGGCGGCGGCGGCGGCGUGGGGAGUCACGCGGGGCAGAUGGAGGAGAUCAAUACCAAAGACGUGGCGCAGCGCAUCACCACGGAGCUGAAGCGCUACAGCAUCCCGCAGGCCAUCUUCGCCCAGCGGGUGCUGUGCCGCUCCCAGGGCACGCUCUCGGACCUGCUGCGGAACCCCAAGCCCUGGAGCAAGCUCAAGUCCGGCCGCGAGACCUUCCGCAGGAUGUGGAAGUGGCUGCAGGAGCCCGAGUUCCAGCGCAUGUCCGCGCUCAGGCUGGCAGCAUGCAAACGGAAAGAACAAGAGCAUGGGAAAGACCGAGGAAACACCCCGAAAAAGCCCAGGUUGGUCUUUACGGAUGUCCAGCGUCGAACUCUACAUGCAAUAUUCAAGGAAAAUAGGCGCCCUUCCAAAGAAUUGCAAAUCACCAUUUCACAGCAGUUGGGCCUGGAGCUGAGCACCGUCAGCAACUUUUUCAUGAAUGCACGAAGGAGGAGCCUGGAUAAAUGGCAAGAGGAGGGCAGCUCGAAUUCAGGCAACUCAUCUUCUUCCUCAAGCACUUGUACCAAAGUAUAAAGGAUUGACCACGAACUAAAACUCGGUGGAAAAGCUUUAAAACAAAUGAACAGGACCUCAAGAAAGCAGGUUUAUACUUAAAAACACUUUUUAAAAGGCUAUUUAUACGUCCAAAGAAACC